GCGGUCACCGUCCAGCGUUAUGCUGUGUACCGUGAUAACAACGGCGGCCAUUCGGCUGUUUUCAUUUGAAAUUUGACGUUUGAAUUGGCGGCUUGUGUGUGAUGCAACUUAAUCAGACGCGUUCGGUAUUCAUUGUUUGGAGUCCAAUAUUCUGUUAUUUGAGCGAAGAACGAUUAUUAUUGCUGUAAACCGACGUCAAUUGUUCUUGUUUUUUCAUUUCGUUCGUGUUAAACAAACGGUGUUGUUGGGUUGCAUUAUUAUCUCGACGCGUACUGCUUUCUCGUAUCGUCAACAUACAAUAACAUUGUGGAUCGGUUUUUAAAGAUGGCGUACCAAAGAACAGCGUCGAGCUCGACAUUUCAACCGCAACAGAUGGCACAACCGCCUAUCGAAACGCUACUAUUUAAUGAUAUUAUUGAAGAGAAGAGUGCACAGUUGCGAGAUAUAAUGGAUCAAUUUUUGCAAGUACAUUCUUUCAGUAAAUUUGAAUCCGAAUUCAAUUUAUUCAUAAGGCGCAUUAAGCACAUCGCUAAAGAUGGACAGCGCAAUGGCACAAACCUCACACGUCACACAAUGCAGAUGCCCUCGGAUAAUGGCGCACGACUGUCGAGUAAACCAACGGAAGAUGGCGGGUCACAGGUAAACAACACAGGUGAACCCGCAAAUGCAUUUAAACGACCAUCGGUUGCUGAAUAUAAACCCAAAACAACAUUGACACGUAACAGCCAGUCGAACAAUAUUCUUAAUAAAACAAUGAAAUUUUGUGACACAAUUAUUGAAGAAAGCUCGAUGAAUGAUACUGCUCAAGAAGAUACUCAACAACCAGAAUUUCUACCACCAACUGAGGUAGACCAACCACCAAAACCAAAUCCUGUGUCAUCACAAAAUGAUAAUGCAUCACCUACUACCUUCAACAAUGGAAAUGAUGACGACACAAUGGAAUUUGAUUCUGAAUUAGUUGAGUCUGUUCAGAUACCAAAUAGUAGUGACAAUACCAGCGAAUCUGAACUAAGUGCAGAUCAGUCUAAUGGAUCAGUAAGAAGUUUGGAAAAAAGUAAAGUGAAGUACUUAACCAAUUGGUCAGUAAAUACAAAGCAAAUUAAAUCAAACAAGGGCAAUUCAAAGUCAGUCAUCACAUUGACAGGUACUUUAUUAGCAGGAGAUCAAACCACAGAAUUGAAGAAAGUUCAUAAAGCUGGUAUUUUGGUAGUUCGUAAAACAAAACAGAUUGUCAAAACAGAUAAUGGAUUAUAUCAUUUAAUUGGUCCAAUCGCUGAAGGAUCUCCAGCUAAUUUGUUUCGUGCAUGUGUAGAAACAAAUGGUAUUCCAAAAAUCUGGAGAAAUAUUUUAAUAAAUUUGUCAACGGAAGUUGAAGUAAAUCUCAAUGAGAGUAUGACUAGAAAAGGCACAAUCUAUAACAAGGAAAAAAAAUCUGGUCAUAACUCUUCUGGACAAAAAGCCAAUUUUGGACGUGAUUUAAUCAAUGAUAAGGAUUUUCGUCAACAAUUGACAGAAUUGUCAACAUCUAGAACAAUAAAACCAUUUACGGUAUGUCAUACUCCAACUCAACUUUUGAAGCACAAAUUUCAUCGAAAGUAUGUCAAAGCUUGCUUAAUCAUUGGCAGUCAAGGCAAAACAGACGAGAAGAUGGACGAAUAGUUUCAACAGCAUAAAACAAAACUAAGAAAUCAAAACAACAGGAAUUUAUACUACGGUGCCUUUACCAAGAAAAAAAAAAAAAAGAAAAAAAAAUUGGACAAUUUAAA